AUGACGAAUAAGAGUGAGAAACCGGGAGGAAACGAUAGCGGAGGUGGAAGUGGAAGUAAAAGAAGACGAGGAAAAAAAGGAAAGAAUACACCAUCGGACAGUCAAUCGACUGCUUCUUCCUCAAAAACCACGUCUCCAAAGAUGCAAAACCAGAAACAGAAACAACCAGAGCCAUCGUCGUCGUCCACUCCAAAAAUUCAAAUUCUGAAACGAGAUCCGUCGAAGAAUGUGACGAUGCCUAUAGUCGCUUGUGUGAUGCCUCUGAUGGAAGUGAAUUUAAGUGAUCCUCCACAGCCACAGCCACCGACGACACCAAAGUAUCAUCAGAAUCCACCGUCAACAAAAACUCAAAAUCAAAGGAUCUAUCAGACGCCUGAAAAGUCUGAAAAGAGUGGUGGAGGAAUGAAUACGAGACGAUCGGAAGCGAAUAAACAGCAGACACAGGCCUAUUAUUUCUCUCAAAAUCCGGGUGUCGCCGUGUCGGGUGACAAGUUCAAACAACCAUCCCAGUAUAAGAUGCACAAUUUCCCGUUGGAGAAGCUUGUCAAUAUCUUCAUCGAUGGAAAGUAUUCGCUAAUGAUCACUCCAACGAACAGUCGAUGCAACGGUCUCUUCAUUCGAGUCGAAUCACAGCAUCAAGAUUAUAAGCCGACUGGAGCACUUUUGAGUCUCGAUUCAGACGAUGAGACGAUUCGGAACGCGUGCCUAGAGACUAUAGAAAGAUUCGAUAAAGUUACCCAAAAAUCUGCGACAGACCGGUACCCGUACUCGAAAUGCUCUGAACCAUAUCUGAAAUCGUGUCUAAUCAAGCGACUCGACGAUCGUUUGGACGCGUUCCCAGAUGCGAUCUACUACUGUGAGAAAUGUGAUUAUCAUAUCAGUACAAUGGGUCACGCGAGAUCACAUCUCGAAAGUAGUUCUCAUUUUGAUGAUAUCAAACGACAAGAACAGAGAGAACAUCUCGUCAGACACAUCCCCAAACCGAGUAAAAAUCAUUUGAGAUCUAUCAGAAAAUUGUUGGAUGACGUGUUGGAUGAUUAUAAAAAGGUACAAGAAAUAGGAAACGAGAAAGCGAGUCACAUACUCUAUUAUCUCCAAACUACAGUAUUCCCUGCAGCAAUCGGAGGAAAUCGGAAUGUACAACUGAGACCAUUUGGAUCGGCGACUUAUGAUACUGUCAUGCCAGAUAGUGACUAUAAUGUCGCUUAUACGAUGGAUUUGCCAGAGAAUGAGCCAAUAUUCUCAAUGUUGGAAAAGGUUCGGAAGAGGAUUGUGGAUGAUGGACAUCCGGCUGAUCACUCGAUGGAAAUGGGCACUCCUUCUACUAUUUUGUUCACUUUUGAAGGUGUCCGAGUACGUCUCUGCUGGAUGUCAUGUUUCAACUACCGUAGUCAACUCUACUUCACCGAUUUGAUGAAGACAUAUGUCAGUCUCCGUGAAGAAGUCGUUCAUUUCCUCCAACUAAUCCGUCUCUGGGCGUGUAAAGCCGGUGUCGACUCGAAGAACAAGCCGCGUAUCGGACUGCCGAGAUACGGUUUCGAUAUCAUGGCGAUUCAUUUCCUUCAGAAUCAAGGAUUACUUCCGAUUCUUCAUGAAAUGUAUGAGGAAGAUAAACGAUGGAAUUCGAUGAGCAAUCGCUGA